AUGACCAAAUGGCAUCUUUGCAACCCUAGGCUGGUGGUGUGCGGCGACAUGCUUCUCAUGGUUGGCUGCCGAAAGGAUUUCCAUGUGAUAGGGUCUGUAUUUGAAGCUUACCGUCUUGACACUUCGACUGAACUUGCAAAGUGGGUGAAGGUGGAGAGGUUGGAGAAAUGGGCGAUAUUCAUCAGCAAUGACUCGAGAGCUCAGCCACUACCGUGGAUGAACCCAGAGAGGUUGGGAGGGAGGAGCAACCGUGUAUACUGCUAUGAUUCUGGUUCUGGCCAUUUGGUUGCAUUUGAGUUGGGCAAGCCACUGCAUGGAGAUGAUGCCCCCAAAUCUGAUGUCUUUAGUUUCUCAUGUUACAGCAGCAUGGUGCAACCUAUAUGGAUUGUCCCCAGUAUGUUCUCUUUGUGCUGUGAUGGCCAAUGA